GCUUGUUCCAGCCCUUCUGCUGAAUCUCUCAUGUUGGGAUGAGGAGAGGAGGGUUUUUCUAUCAAUGUUGUUGACAUAAAAAUACAACCAGUGCAAGCUAACUGAGUUUACAAAAAAUGUGCAGACUUCUUAUGCUCGGUUAAAAAAAUCUCCAUUCUUCCUCAUGUAAAUCAAGGCUUAGACAAAUAAGCUGUCUGGCUCACGGUCUCCAGCAUUCUAGAUCCAUACAGAAUUGAUUUCACCUAAUCAGCACCAUCCUUUAAAACAGACCAAAAUAAACCCAGUCCAACUUGGCAAAAAUGAGAUGUCAUCACAUCUGUAAGCUACCAGGAAGAGUUAUGGGAAUCCGACUACUUCACUUCUCUUCUGUGGUGAUCUUUGUCUUACUCCUUGUGGCAGGUGCUUUAAUGGCUUUGCUUCCUAACAUUAAAGAUGACAAAAUGCCCAAUUUGCGAAGGGAACCAAAAUCCCAGAGCCAAUCCGCCUUGGAUUCAUUUACUCUUGUUAUGCAGACAUACAAUAGAACUGACUUAUUGUUGAAGCUCUUAAAUCAUUAUCAAGCCAUCCCCCAUCUACACAAAGUGGUUGUUGUGUGGAACAAUGUUGGGGAGAAGACACCAGAGGAAAUGUGGAAUUCCCUGGGACCCCAUCCUGUACCUGUUGUCUUCAAAGUGCAGAUCGUGAAUCGCAUGAGGAACAGACUCCAGAUCUUCCCUGAAUUGGAAACAAAAGCUGUUUUAAUGAUGGAUGAUGACACACUGAUUAGUGCCUAUGACCUUGCUUUUGCCUUCUCUGUUUGGCAGCAAUUUCCAGAUCAGAUAGUGGGAUUUGUUCCUAGAAAGCAUGUUUCCACUUCUUCAGGUAUAUACAGUUAUGGCAGCUUUGAAUUGCAGACACCUGGAUUUGGAAAUGGGGACCAGUACUCCAUGGUUCUCAUAGGAGCAGCAUUCUUUCACAGUGGAUACCUAGAACUCUUUCAAAAGCAGCCUGAUGCUGUUCACACUUUGAUAGAUGAAACUCAAAACUGUGAUGAUAUUGUCAUGAAUUUUCUAGUGGCAAAGCAUACUGGAAAGCCUUCAGGAGUGUUCGUGAAACCUGUUGACAUAAGGAAUUUAGAAAAAGAGACUAACAGUGGUUAUUCCGGAAUGUGGCACCGAGCAGAGCACUUGCUACAAAGAUCUUACUGUCUAAAUAAAUUGGUUAAUAUUUAUAACAGUAUGCCAUUAAAAUAUUCUAACAUUAUGAUUUCUCAGUUUGGGUUCCCUAAUUAUGCCAAUCACAAGAAUAAAAUGUAAGAAUGUAUAAUAUAAGGGGUAUAAGUUACACAUCAAACAGUAAAUUCAAGUCAGUGUAAGUUAAAUGCUGAGGGACCAGAAGAAGGCAUGCAUUACUCCAACUUGUCCUCCUUUACACAUAGCCUCUGAAUUUUGCCCACAGUAUUUUCUUUCCCCAGUGUAAGUUAUUGAGAAAGUUUAAAGAACAGUGUGUGUGUAAUGUUCACUUAUCAUAAAAUCACCUUCAUCUCUUAAUACUUGAGAAGCUGUUAUUGUCAAAAUUACAGGGCCAGACCUUCAAAAGCAUGUGCAGAAAAAUGUACAAUCACUUGUUGCACACAUAUGAAGAACUUAAUUUCUAUUUCUUUAGAAUAUAUUUACCCAAUCAAAUGAUAUUUUGGCAUAUUUGUGUUGUUUAUAUAUAUACAGGUCUGUCUCAUCUUACGCAGGGGUUCCGUUCCGCGGUUAGCGCAUAAAGCG